UUACGUUCAGCUUUAUAAAAUUCUGAAACGCGGAAGUGGCUCACAAACAAAGCCUAGAGGUGACGGAGUUAGAUUUUAACUGUAAAGUUCAUCUCUCCUGUGAACCGAGACAACACAACCGAGGUUACGCGUCUCUUCUGCUUCAAAUAAAGAACUUUGUUAAUUAAUGGUGUAGAGCUCCAUCAUGGCCAACGAAGUUUACACAGCGACGACGGUUUCUAACCCGAAGGCGCCGUUCUGGCUCGGCCCGGCGUCGGAGCAUCUGGACAUGCUGCGUUUCGGCCUGAAGAUGCUGGAAGUGCUGCUGUCCCUGGUGGCCUUCGUCCUGGAGGAGACGGUGUCCACCUGCCUGAGCUGCUCUCCUCUUUACUUCUUUGAGUUUGUGAGCUGCACAGCCUUCCUCUUCACGGCGCUGCUCCUCUUCCUCCUGUCCACCACGCUGUACAGCAGGGUGGGCAUCAGCUGCUGGCCCAAAGUGGACUUCCUGUACACGCUCCUCAUCGCCGGCUUAUUCUUAAUCGCCUCCGGCGUGUUUGCAGCCAACAACGGCAAGACAACAGUGGAGACCGUCGCCGUGGUGUUCGGCUUCCUGGCCAUGUUGGCGUUUAUCCUUGACGUCGUCUUCUUCCUGAAGGUCAAAGGUAAUCCCUUCCAGGGCACUAAGGCCCCGCCCACCACCAACGGCGCCGUUCCUCCGCCUGAGGCCGAGAAGCUGAACGGAGACGCCAACGGAAAGGCGUAGGACACCGCGCGCCUGCAGGGGGCGCUCCGCCUGCCAAUCAGAACCGCCUGAGACACAAACUGGUUUUAUUACUGAAGAUUCGGAACCAGCAGACACUAAAACAACCAAACCACUAAACUCUGCUCCACUGGGAAUCACACGGCUUACUGGUUCUGACUGGUUUUAACUGGUUUUAACUGGUUUUAACUGGUUUUAACUGGUUUUCUCUUGCUCUGCCAGCUUUGCUUUUUAACAGUUGCCUUGAAAUUCUCACUAUCUUGUAGAAAUGAUGUAAGCUCCUUAUUAACUUGCCACCAUUUCUUGACGUUUUUAGAAAAUGUUUUAAAAAAUGAAUUUUUCUGUAAAUUUUCUGAUUUUUGUAUAUUUGUCCACUUGGAUCGCUUUAGGAAGUUUAUUUUAUUCCCUGAAGGAAGAUGAAUGUUUAUUUUUUAAAUGAAUCAGACAGAAACUGUUCAGCUGUUUAUGUCCAAAUGAAAAGUUUCAUGUCAAUCAUCUGCAGGUUUCACUGAAAUCAGGAGGAACCUGAAGAUCUAAAGUGAAAUGCCUUUCACUGUCCAGCAGGGGGAGCUGUAAUCUGAUUUGAGUCGUUUUCCA